CUGAUAUUGAUAUGCCUGUAUAGCAUCAUUUCGACCAGAUCCAAUUCACGCUGCAGCCAUGGCCGAGGCAGUGAAAGCGGCCGCGCGCCAAUUGCCCGCCUUCAAGCUGGGCCAGAAGCAAGUUUUCUUGCCAAACCAUGUCAUCACGAUGCUCCGAAAAGAACACCUCCCCCCCAACGAAGCCUGCUUCAAGGUUCCCCUGCGAUUCACAAAGUUCGAUCUACGAGACUACCUCUGGAACCUCUACAGCGUCGAAGUCACAGCCGUCCGGUCCUACGUCAAGCAGCAGCCGCUCACCCAGCGCAGCACCAGCUCGCGCUCCUGGUACCGCCCGCAGCCGCAGAAGAUCAUGACGGUCGAGCUGGCCAAGCCCUUCCAGUGGCCCGAGGUUCCCGCGGACCUGGAGCCCUGGAGCAACGAGCUGUGGAAGAUGCGCGAGGACACGAUUGAGAAGAGGAACGAGGAGCAGCUCGUGCGGCAGCGGUUCCAGAUCCCGCUCAAGAGCCAGGAGCCGGUGCCUAAGGAGCGGGUGGAGCUGGGUAAUUUGGCGAAGAAGAUGCUGGCGGGAGAGGUCAAGUGGGAGAAUAACGUUGUUUUGGAUCCUAGGUGGGAUCAGAUCCUGGGCAAGGAUAAGGCUGUGAAAUCAGCAGAGAAGACAACGACAACUUCAUGAAAAGGAAUAAAAUAAACAAAAAGAAUAAUGGAAAAUGGAAUACCAAAAAGAAUCGGGAACAUACAGGAAAAGAGGGGAUGAUGGCGACGGGCCAGUGUACGACUUGGAUGCAUAGAAUGUGGCAUGUAUGUAUGUAUGUAUGUAUGUAUGUACCUUAUGUAUAUUACUCUUGAACUUGAACAAAAUGACUAUAAGGUCAAUUCUU